AUGUCGCCCACGGACGUGCAGAACGGCGUCUUCGCGGAUCACGAUGGCUUCGCAGCCGGCGAGCUGUUUGGGAAGGGGUACAGCUACACGUAUGAUGAUGUGAUCAUGCACCCGGGUCACAUCUACUUCGGAGCCCACGAGGUCAGCCUGGCCACCAGCGUCACCCGCAACAUCCAGCUGCAGAUCCCCAUUGUCAGCUCGCCCAUGGACACGGUCACCGAGUCUGAAAUGGCGGUGGCGAUGGCCUCGCUCGGCGGCAUGGGGUUCAUCCACUACAACAACACUGUGAAGGAGCAGCUGAACCACGUGCUCAAGGUGAAGCGCCACAUCCCCGGGUUUGUGGUGACGCCCGCGGUGCUGCCGCCAAUGGCCACGGUCGGAGACAUUGAGAAGCUGCAGGUGGGCCUCGCGGGCCAUUGA